CACUGCUCCUUGCGUAAAACCAUGCGUUGUGCAGCACAAGAGUCAUGGUGAUGUAAGUCUAGCAAGAUCAGGAGUGGUGUUCGAGCACUCUCUGAAUGCUUCUAUACAUUCGAAAGAUGUGAAUAUCUGUAACAUGCUCCAAAACGUCUUAGAGAUGCCCUUGAGCAACUGCGACGAAAUCAACUCCGCCGUCUCCUCCUCCUCCUCCUCCUCCUCCUCCUCCUCUUCCUCUCCAGUCCCAACCCCGUGCCCGCUGACCAGGAGGGGUCUCCCAGAGCGGGACAACUGGGAGAUCCCGUCCGACGACGAGGAACUGUGCCAAGGGUAUGCAAGGCGUUCGAUUGCCCGUUACGGCGUCCCGGAGGAGGGCUGUUGUCAGAUAGAACGAGCUUUGGUGAGGUCGGAUCUGUACAAUCGAGCAGGGACCACCUGGCUUGGCACACUAGCCAAAGAACUUGGACACAGCUGAACACAUUUGAAAUAAGACAAAACAAUCAUCAAUAUCAUCAGGUUGCCACCACAUCUAUUUAUCAUACCAAUCUGACA